AAUUUUACUAUUUUAUGUUCUACCUGAUUCAAAAUUAUAUCUCUAUGUAAUUUAACAUUCCGGUCCUGAAUGUAUUUAAAUCGCUGCACAGAGCAAGGAUGGCUGUGUUCAAAGAUGACGAGAGGGCACUGACAGCCGCAAGAUCAAAAAUUAAUGAGGAGUUCCGUAAAAAUAAACAGGAAUCAUCAGAAGAAAACAUUAUAGAGAUGAUCAAAAUGGGUUCCGACGUGGAAGCAGUCCUACGCACAGGCGUGCUUCAAAUGGAGCAUGUCGGCGACAAAAAGCUCUUGCUUCGACCCAGAGAGGAUCUGCUACUAGAAAAUGUGCCCUUUUGUGACCAGCCCAGGAAAAAGUCAUGAUGGCAUGCGAUUUAUUUAUUUAUUUUCCGCAAUUCCCACUGAGUGGGACUUAAUUUCACUCAUUAAACACAGGAACCUUGAUACCAUUUACCAGUAGUGGAAAACCUAGACAGGAAUGGAAACCAGGCUUUUCAUUGUUGUUCAUGUUGAAGAUAUAAAGAUCUCAAAUCAACUGAAUCAAUGUUAACCUUUUUACAAAAUGCACGUAAAGAUCAUUUUUAUAGUUUCCUGUUACUGCAAUGCUUUGGACAGUCAAUCACAAACAGCAUUUCAAACAAAGUGGAUUGGAGUAUUCUGUCGAAUUUUGGCUUUGGAUUGGAGGAAACAGGGUUGACAGUCUUGGCCAAAAGUAUUGGCACCCCUGCAUUUCCGUCAGAUAAUGCUAAAUUUCUCCCUGAACAUGAUUGCAUUUACAAUUGCUUUGGUAGUGAGAUAUUCAUUUAUUUUGCCUGCAAUGAAAAAACACAAAAGAGAAUGAAAAAAAAAUUACAUCAUAAUCAUUUUAACAAAACUCCAAAAAUAGCCAAAAGAAUUGGCACCCUCAGCCUAAUACUUGGUAGCACAACCUUUAGAUAAAAUAACUGCGAACAACCGCUUCCGAUAUCCAUCCAUGAGUUUCUUACAAUGCUCUACUGGAAUUUUAGACCAUUCUUCUUUGGCCAACUGCUCCAGGUCUUUGAGAUUGGAAGGGUGCCUUCUCCAAACUGCUAUUUUCAGAUAUCGCCGCAGGAGUUCUAUGGGAUUCAGGUCUGGACCCGUUGCUGGCCACUUUAGAAGUCUCCAGUGCUUUCUCUCAAACCAUUUUCUAGUGCUUUUUGACGUGUCUUGUGGGUCAUUGUACUGCUGGAAGACCCAUGACCUCUGAGGGAGACUCAGCUUUCUCACAUUGGGCCCUACAUUAUGCUGAAAAAAUUAUUGGUAGUCUUCAGACUUCAUAAUGCCAUGCACAUGGUCAAGCAGUCCAGUGCUCGAGGUAGCAAACCAACCCCAAAACAUCAGGGAACCUCAGCCAUGUUUGACUGUGGAGACAGUGUUUUUUUUUUCUGAAGGCCUCGUUUUUCUGUAAAGUCUAUGUUGAUGCCUUUUCCCAGAAAGCUCUACUUUUGUCUCAUCUGACCAGAGAGCAUUCUUCCAAAACGUUUUUGGCUUUCUCGGGUAGCUUUUGGCAAACUCCAGCCUGGCUUUUUUAUGUCUCCGGGUCAGAAGUGAGGUCUUCCUGGGUGUGCUACCAUAGAGUCCCUUUUCAUUCAGACGCCGACGGAUAGUAAGGGUUGACACGGUUUUAUCCUCGGACUGCAAGACAGCUUGAACUUGUUUGGAUGUUAGUCGAGUUUCUUUAUCCACCAACCGCACAAUCUUUCGUUGAAAUUUCUCAUCAAUUUUUCUUUUCCGUCCACAUCUAUGGAGGUUAGCCACAGUGCAGUGGGCUUUACACUUAUUGGCUACACUGCGCACGGUAGACACAGGAACAAUCAGGUCUUUGUAGAUGGACUUGUAGUCUUGAGAUUGCUCAUGCUUCCUCACAGUUUUGUUUGUGGGGGCAGUGGGGACACUUUACCUUUAUAUUGCUCUGCGCCAAGCACUUUAAUGGAAACUAACCCAUAGUAUUGUUGGAACUCCAAUCUGAAUUUCGUUGUUAUCUUGACAAUGACAAAUAAACUCUGAAUCUGAAUCUGAAUUUUGCUUCUCAAGUCCUCAGGCAAUUCUUUGGUCUUCUUCUCUCCAUGCUCAAUGUGGUACACAAAAGGACACAGGACAGAGGUUGAGUCAACUUCAAUCCAUUUUAACUGGCUGCAAGUUUGAUUUAGUUAUUGCCACCACCUGUUAGAUGCCACAAGUAGGUAACCGGUGCUGUUAAUUACACAAAUUAUAAAAGCAUCACAUUAUUUCAAAGGGUGCCAAUACUUUUGUCUGGCCCAUUUUUGGAGGUAUUUGUAAAAUGAUCAUGAUUUUUUUUUUCCAUUAUGUUUUGUAUUUUGUCAUUGCAAGCAAAAUAAAUGAAAAUAUUACCACCAAAGCAUUUGUAAUUGCAAUCUUUUCUGGGAAAAAUUGAGCAUUAUCUGACAGAACUACAGGGGUGCCAAUACUUGUGGCCAGCACUGUAUGUAGGAGUAGAUGCAAAAUCCACUUCCGUGUCAGCCUUUUGUCUGAAAAUUCAACGUCCAGAGACUUCAAUCAAAUUUUAUUUAAAUCAAGCUCUAGCAAACAAGACAAGGAUUAGGGCCACUGUAAAUUGAUGAAGAAAUUCUGCUGGAAAUGUCAGAGGUGCUGGAUUUUUUCAUGUGUGUAAGGUUUGUUGUAUACAGUGAAAUAAAAAGAGAAAAGAAAAAAAUCUAUAUUAAAAAAAAAUCUGAAUCAUGGAAAAUAAAAAUGGUGUCCCCAAGUGACAUUUACAAAAAAAAGGGGGGUGCAAAAUAUUGAUGAGAAUCAGAGAUUGGUGUGAGUGUAACAUCACAGAACAGACAGCAAACAGUUCAUGGCGUUUAUGCUACUUCGAACUUUCAAAUUCAUUCCAAACCUUUUGUCCUGCUUGCAUUUCUGAUGUGUUUUAAUAAAACUUAACACUGGCGGGGAAAAAAGUUGUCAAAACACACGCAAAAAUA